UUGAUAAGUUAGGUCGUAUUACAUACCCUAGAGUAUCAAUCAAUUUCUAUAGAAUUCACUUUCGAGGAAAUCAUACAUCACAAAUAAAUAUAUUUGUGCUGCGUCUUUCAGUCGAACAUACGAUUUGCUAUUACUCUCGUUUAAACAUGAUUUUUCCAAAUUUUAAGUUGUUAGUUUUGACUUGUGUGAUUUUCAUAUUAAUUCAAUUUGAUGAAGUUCAUACGAGACCGGAACCAAGUUUUAUGUCAUUAUUUACUGAUUCGCUCAAAUUGGUUACUGAAGGUUUUGCAAACGUUUUAAAUAUCAAAAAUCCAAUAACUCCAGUACUGUGCGAUUUAAGAACGGACAAACUUAUUGAAUACUAUGGAUACGAAGCCGAAGAACACAAAGUAAUUACAGAGGAUGGAUACAUUUUAACAAUGUUUCGAUGCAAUUCAAAAAUACAUCGAUCGAUUAAAAAAAAGCCGGUGAUACUACAACACGGUCUUCUGGCUUCAUCGGACGAUUUUGUAAGCAAUAUUCCAGAACAAUCUUUAUCUUAUAUUUUGGCGGAUUCAGCGUAUGACGUAUGGAUCCCAAAUUCACGGGGUAAUACAUAUUCGCGAAAUCACAUUACAAAAGAUCCUGAUAACUCAACCAGUGGAUUUUGGGAUUUUUCUUGGUAUGAAAUGGGGAUCUAUGAUCAUCCUGCUGUUUUUGACUACAUUUUGAAUAAAACAGAAAGCACGAAAUUGUAUUACGUUGGACACUCACAAGGGACUGCGACACUCCUUGUUUUACUUUCCGAAAAGCCAGAAUACAAUGAAAAAGUCCAUGCCGCAAGUCUCAUGGCACCAGUCAGUUAUAUGAAUAAUUCUGAUUAUUUAUUACGAUGGCUUACAUACACUCGUCCCCUUUUAGAGUUAUUCCGGAAUUCGGAAUUUCUUCCAAGAGAAUCGAUGAAAAACCUAGCGGCUCCAAUAUGUGAAAUUGAUUUAGUGAAUUUCUGUGGCAAUGUUAUGGAAAUAUUGUUUGGUCCAAGCGAUAGCCAAAGGAAUGAUACAAUGUUGCCUGCUCUCAUUUGCCAUACGCCAAGUGGUUCAUCCAUAAAUCAAUUUUUCCACUUCGGUUUGGAAAUUCAACAUGGAUAUUUUGGAAAAUUUAUGAUAGACACAACGGUACCAGAAAAUUUUAAACUUUGGCGCAUCACAACACCAAUGAUUCUACAUUAUUCGCCCGUUGAUAGACUAGUCAGUCCAAAAGAUGUGAAUAACUUGAUACCGCUGCUAAAUAACACCGCUACUUAUGUGCAAAACAUAAAUGAAAAAGAUUUCAAUCACAUUGAUUUUUUGUGGGGCACCGAUGCUGCUUCGAUAAUUUAUACAAAGAUUUUGUCGUUUUUCGCUCAGUAUCAAUAGGAUGUAAAUGAAAAAUAAAGAUAUUCAGUCUGACUGAAUAAUAACGGAUUUUAUUUUACCCGAUAUCGCAAAUUGAA